UGAAUACCACGAAUGGAAGCAAGAAAAAGAAAAGCUGGAAAGGCACAGAGGACAUCGAAUAUCCGUCUUGAUCCCAAAGCCUUUCUCCUUCCUUCUUUAUCUCUUCCCUAUAAAGCCGCACUUUGUGCAGUCUCAGUUUGUUUCCUUGAUCAUCAUCAUCAUCAUCAUCAUCUUCAUCGUCGUCAUCAUCUUCUUCUUCUUCUUCUUCUUCUUCUUCUUCUUCUUCUUCUUCUUCUUCAGCUGUAAUGAAAUUCGAAGAGCAGAACCUGAAGCAUCAGUCUGAACAGAUAUGCAGGACUAUUGAGGUUGAUACAAUUGAUCACCAUCGCAGUAUUUCGUCGUCGGUCGUAAUGGAAGCUUCCGAAGACUGCGACAGGGAUGGUGACGGCCUCUAUAUUCCUCCUCUCAACUUUUCCAUGGUCGAUAAUGGCAUUUUUCGCUCCGGCUUCCCUGACUCUGCUAACUUCUCCUUCCUCCAAACCCUAGGUCUCCGUUCCAUUAUAUGUUUAUGUCCGGAGCCCUAUCCGGAACACAACAUGGAGUUCCUCAAGUCGAACGGGAUUAGAUUGUUUCAAUUUGGAAUCGAAAGCUAUAAGGAGCCUUUCGUGAACAUCCCAGAUGAUAUGAUUCGUGAAGCACUGAAAGUUGUCCUUGACGAUAGGAAUCAUCCAGUUCUCAUACAUUGCAAAAGAGGAAAGCAUCGGACUGGUUGUCUUGUUGGAUGCCUGAGAAAAGUGCAGAGGUGGUGCCUCACUUCUGUGUUUGAUGAGUACCAGAGGUUUGCAGCUGCAAAAGCAAGAAUUUCAGACCAGAGGUUUAUGGAGUUGUUCGAUAUCUCUGGCUUGAAGCAUCUUCCCAUGUCAUUCUCAUGCUCAAAGAGGUGAAAAAUAAUUAUACUGAAAGGUUUUUUGUUUGUGGCAGAUCUUGUGCCGAGUUAAAUGGAAAAGACAGGACUCCUGAAAUCCUUCUAAGUAAUUUAGAGACUUUCCUUUUCUUUCUCCUUUAUUUUCUUCGUUAGGGAUAAUGAUGAAUGUUUUGUACACCUCAAGGUAUUAUACAUACCCUUACUCUUACACCUGCCCCAAACUCUUUUUCUAAAUCACUCUGAUUUACAAGAUUUCUUUGGUGGACCUAAUUAGACUAGAGCAGUAGAAAAACUCAAACACCGUACAGUUCAUAGUUAUAAUGUUGGUUGAAGCAAAAAAGAAUAAAAAAGACAAGGCAGCUAGACAGAGGCAUGGGCCUUUUCUUCGGUGGAUAUCAAUACAAUUUUCAUGUAAAAGAACCAUAAUGUAACUGGUGUAAGUAAUGUUGAUUUAUUUGGACCAAUAAAAUGGCAUUAACAAUUUUCAGCUGUAUGAUCAUCUCUGUCUGAAAGCUCGAAGGUCAGUGGAAAAAGCAAGGCGACCACUGAAUCAAAGGUAGUUUAUACAUCCCAUCAACCAAUAAUGCAUAAUUUAUCAUUUAAAUAUCUUAUGGAACUCUUAUAGGAUUCAUUCAGUGCACUGGAAACUGUGCUUCCUUAUAUGAAAUGAUUGUCGACA